CGAGACAACUUUUCGUCUUUGAGUCGACCACUCGUUAUAGAUUAAAGACUCGUAUCCCAUAAAGCCGAGUUGUAUCCGUUUUGUCGUCGGUUAAAACUAUGGCUCUGUCCGUGUCUGGUUUGAAGAUUGCAGCGGUUGGGUUGUCGCAGCGUGUUUGUCGUCCAACGCUCUUACAAGCGGCCAAGUACUCGUGGGAACCUUCAACAGAAGUGGAGACUCACACGGGUCAGAAAUGGGAAAAGGACGAUUAUCGUUUAGCGCGUUUUGUUGAUAAGACGAAGGAAGUGAACAAGUCAUUCGCCAUUGAUCUCAUCAAUCAAGUACCGCCUAAGCCGUGUACGGAGCGAGUUGUAUUUUGCGAUGGUGGCGGUGGACCAUUAGGUCAUCCAAAAGUCUACAUAAAUUUGGACAAACCAGGAAAUCAUGCUUGCGGAUAUUGUGGCUUACGGUUUGUCAAGAAGGAUAGUCACUAAAAAUUAUUAUAUUAUUCAACCAAAAUUUUUGAAGAUUAUUUAGAUUAACAGAUAUUGAAUAAUAACAAGUUGUAAAUUGGAAUCUGUUUAUAUUAGAAAUAAAUUACAUUUGUUAAAAAAAAAAAUGUUGUUAAAAUAGAUAUGUUAUAUUAAAAAUAUUUUUAAAAAAGAAA